AUGACUGUAAGUGCAAGUACACGUAUACGCCUUCCGAUGUCAUCGUCUCUUCCAUUCUCCCUGAACUCUUCUUCAACCCCCACUCGUCAAUCACUCCAUGCUUCUUCAUUACAACCACCUUCACAUACCCAUUGGACCAAAGAUCAGCUGCACCCACAUCCAAAACCUCGAACAAUUCGAUACCGUCUUAGCCAAUUAUGUCGAGAAGGCCAACCCCAUCUUGCCCGCCAACUGUUCGAUGAAAUUCCCCAACCAACCACCGUUGUUUGGAACUCGAUCAUUAUUGGAUUCAUAUGUAAUAACAUGCCUCAUGAAGCUAUACUCCUUUACUCCCAAAUGAAAUCCAACUCUUUUCUAUGUGAUUCCUAUACUUACUCUUCGACUCUUAAAGCCUGUGCUGAAACUCGAAGUCUACGCAUAGGUAAAGCGGUUCAUUGUCAUAUUUUACGGUCACAUUUGUAUCCUAGUAGGAUAGUCUGUAAUUCUCUUUUGAACAUGUAUGCCAGUUGUUUGCAUGAGGAUGUGAAAAGGGUGUUUGAAUCAAUGCCAAAAAGGAAUGUCAUUUCGUGGAACAUUUUGAUUUCGUGGUAUGUGAGGGUGGGAAUGUUCGCAGAAGCUGUUCGCCAUUUUGUAAAAAUGAUGAAGUCGGGACUUAAACCCACCAUCGUAAGCUUUGUUAACGUGUUCCCUGCUGUAGCAGGAAUAGGUGAUUCUAAGACUGCUGAUGUUGUUUAUGGAUUGCUUGUUAAGUUGGGUGAUGAGUUUUCUAGAGAUAUGUUUGCUACAAGCUCUGCUAUUUCUAUGUUUGCUGAACUUGGUUCUCUUGAAUCUGCAAGGAAGAUAUUUGAUAAUAGUUUAGAAAGGAAUAUAGAAGUUUGGAACACUAUGAUUGGUGGAUAUGUCCAGAACAAUUUGCCCGUUGAAGCACUAGAUCUUUUCAAUCAAGCUCUUCAAGCAUCAGAUGAUGUUGCUGUUGAUGAUGUGACUUUGAUCUCGGCUUCAACAGCAGCCUCACAGUUGCAGCACCUGGACCUUGCUAAGCAGCUACACGCCUAUAUCAUAAAAAGUUUGCCUGUUUUACGCACGAUCGUGAUGAAUGCACUUAUAGUUAUGUAUUCCAGGUGUAAUUCCAUUCAAGAAAGCUCAAAAAUUUUCAACAGUAUGAAUGAAAGAGAUUUCGUUUCUUGGAACACCAUGAUUUCCUCUUUUGUGCAGAAUGGGAUGAAUGACGAAAGCUUGAUGCUUGUGCACGAUAUGCAAAAGCAGGGGUUUCUGAUUGAUGAUGUAACAAUAUCUGCUCUGCUAUCCGCAGCAUCCAAUCUCAGAAACCAGGAAAUUGGGGAACAAACCCAUGGUUAUCUUCUUAGGCAUGAUAUUCAAUUUGAGGGAAUGGAAAGUUAUCUCAUUGAUAUGUAUGCAAAGUCUGGUCUGAUAAGAGUGGCCCAAAAUCUCUUUGAGAGAAGUUGCUUACAUGGUAGAGAUCAAGCCACAUGGAAUGCAAUGAUUGGUGGCAACUGUCAGAACGGGCUAAUCGAGCAGGCUUUCGGUGUUUUCAGGCAAAUGCUUGUACACAAUGUUCCGCCAAAUACUGUUACUAUAGCAUCAAUCCUUCCAGGCUGCAGUUUAGUUGGUAAUGCAAGAUUAGGCAAACAAGUCCAUGCAUUUUCUAUACGGAGAGUCUUGGAUCAUAACGUUUUCGUGCAUUCUGCUUUGGUGGACAUGUACUCUAAAUUGGGUAUAAUUGCAUUCGCAGAAAAUGUCUUUUCUCUUUCUCCUGAGAAAAACGCCGUAACAUACACAAAUAUGAUAAUGGGUUAUGGGCAACAUGGGAUGGGUAAAAAAUCUCUUGAUCUAUUUAAUUCGAUGCGAGAAAGCGGCAUACAACCUGAUUCUGUAACGAUAGUGGCAGUUCUGUGUGCCUGCAGCUAUGCUGGGUUGGUGGAUGAAGGCCUUCAAUUGUUUGAAUCAAUGGAGGUGAAGUAUAAAAUUGUACCUUCACUUGAGCAUUAUUGUUGUGUUGUAGACAUGCUAGGGAGAGUUGGCAGGGUGUCAGAAGCCUAUGAGUUUGUUAAAGGAUUGGGGGAGAAGGGUAAUGUUUUGAGAAUUUGGGGAUCACUUCUGGGUUCUUGCCGAAUCCAUGGAGAAUUUCAAUUGGGAAAAGUUGUUGCCGAAAAAUUGCUUGAGAUGGGUGUGGGAAAUAAAAGUGCAGGUUAUCAUGUAUUGUUAUCGAACAUAUAUGCAGAGGAAGGAAACUGGGAGUCUGUUGACAGACUAAGGAAAGAAAUGUAUGAAAAAGGAAUGGUGAAGGAAACUGGCUGCAGUUGGAUUGAUAAUACUGGUCGUAUAGACUAUUUCAAGUCGAGGGACAGAAAUCACACUAAUGGUGAUGAGAUAUAUCAAAUGCUGGAUGUUCUGGAUACCGACAUGAAGGAAGAGGUUGGAUAGUCCAAGGGGUGAACAAUAAUGUACGGAAAUGUCAUAAAGGGGUAUUUUGGUCAUUUAACAUCAUUUCAUUACAACUCUUGAGUUAUAUUCUAACCAAACAGACAGAUUUCAAUUCCUUUGACAUAUUUCAUUCCAUUUCCUACCAACCAAACUCAUGGUCAAACCUAUUCAAUUCCAAUUCCUUUUUACAUAUUCCAUUCACUCCAAAAAGCGAACCAAACACUCCCUUAUAGAUUCUUUGUAAACUGGAGCAUGUGAUGCGCUGUAGAUGAUUCUAGUUUUUAUGAGAUAUGGGGUUCUUCAAA